AUGGCGGUUGAAUUUGUACAGGAAGCUCUUGAAAAGUGUCGCGUUCUUAGAGAUAAAAUUUGGCAUAGUGUCACUUCAUCUGAAGAGAAAUCUAUACGAAUAUAUUUAUCAGAUGCAUUAUUUUCUAGCGCAGUUGCUGGAAUAACGUUUCCAGUAUUUCUAGGAUGUUUACAAACUGGAAUCUUUCGUCCUUUACGUAUUUCCUCAAACCUUUUGUUCGCUCCUGUCUGUGGCUGUAUUUCGGUAUUCAUAUCAGGGGGUUGUGCCUCACUGUUGCUUCUAUCGAGCUUUUCAUUUAUCGGAAAAAAUGAUUGGCACAAAACUUUACUAGAUAAACGCCAAGGGUAUGUUCAUGUUCCAAACGAAUAUUCAUUAGCGAUUUCAGUGCGUCCCGCGGAUAUUCCACUGUGUGGAUUUGGGAGUUUGAUCGUGUUUAAGAUCUUGGGAGGACGAUUUCGAUCAGUGUUACCAAGCAGCUUGAUUCAUCCAGGAGCAUUUGCUAGAAAGUACAUUCCAGCCAAAGGACAGAAUUAUGCAUCUGCAACUGUUAGAAGAAGGCUUCGUUUGUUGGGAAGAGAAUAUGGCUGUCACUCCUGUGGAAGACGAUGGUGGACAUCUUUUGUUGGGGACCACAUACCUCCGAAUAAGUUGGUUAGAGAAGGACAGCAACAAAGAUUUUAUCCACAGUGCACCCACUGCUCAUAUUUACAAGGAGCAGCUUUGUCUUCCAUGUCAAGACUGCAACGUAUCAAAACACAUGGCACAUCUUUAAGACUCUAUCAUUUAUGGUUACCACUACCACUUCCACUGGCAGUUCUUAGGAAUUACAUCAAUGAAAACUCUGGUGCAAAAGAGCUAGAUGAAAACUCUGUUUCAAAUGUGGCUGAUGAGAACUCUACUUCAAAAGAAGCUAAUGAAGACUCUGGUACAAAAGAGGUCAAUAAAGGGUCUGACAUUGCAGAUGAAAUCCAAGAUGGAUAUUUGCAUACAAUCCUGAAUGGAGUGCUAAACCUUUUGAAAAUUAAGAAAAAAGAUGAUAGUGAAGACUAUGAUUGAAUCAGAAUAUAAGAAAGAUGUGUAUGAGAAAUUGUUUUAUAAUGUUUUUAUUUUCUUUGAAGAUUGACUAGUUUACUACUCAAGUUUAAUGCUGUACACAUUCAAGUUACUGCAAAUGCUCUUAUGUGCCUUAUUUCCAGGGUUUGUUCAAACAGGGCUAGUAGGAGAAGAUGCAGUUAGAGAAAGUUUACCAUAUUCUUGAAAAAUGACACUAUUCUUUUCAUAACCAUUGCAUGAGAUUAGUUAGCACCUAAACUGCAAUAUCACAUUCAACUUCAAAGUGAAAUCAACUGUAAAAGAUAU